AGCCAGACAGGCAGACUUCCAGCAGCCCAGCCCUUCACAUCUAGGUCUGCCUGAGAGGACCCACCUCCUGAGUGUCCAGUGACCAGUUCUUGCCCCAGGAUGGGGACCAUGUCCAGAGCAGCCUGGGUCUUGGCCUGCUUGGCUGUCACUUCUGCUGCCUCUGAGGGAGGCCUCAACACUCCAGGGCAGAGGGAGCUGAGGCCGGAGCACCUCAUGGAGCAUGUUCAGGAAGUUGGCUACGCAGCACCCCCUUCCCCACCCCUGACCCGAGGCUUCUCCACGGAUCACGUUGAAGCCUUUCGGCAUAGCCCUUUCUCCGAGGAACAGAACGGGCAAGAGGGAAGAAGUCCCACCCCCCUCUCCCGGCCCUGGCUAGCAGAAAGGGCGGGCGGCUCAUACACCCCUUCUUCUGUAGUACAGCCCCCUUCCUCUCAGGAAGCCAUCCCCUCCCAAGAGAAAGAGCUGCCGCCUCCCCAGCACCCCUUUGGGCAGGAAGUGAACCCCUCUUUCCCUCAGAAAGCCAUCCCCCACCAAAGAGAGCUGCCCUCUUCCCAGCACCCUGUUGAACAGAAGGAAGGACAGCCAGCUCCCCUGACGGGCCACGACCAUCCAGAACCGGAGCCUUGGAACCCAGCCCUGCACUGCCAACAGGGCCGGCCCCGCGGGGGCUGGAGCCACCGGUUGGAUGGCUUCCCCCCUGGGCGGCCUUCUCCAGACAACCUGAACCAGAUCUGCCUCCCUAACCGUCAGCACGUGGUGUACGGCCCCUGGAACCUGCCGCAGUCUGGCUUCUCCCACUUGACUCGUCAGGGUGAGACCCUCAAUUUCCUGGAGACUGGAUAUUCCCGUUGCUGCCGCUGCCGCAGCCUCUCAAAUCGCCUAGAGUGUGCGAAGCUCGUGUGGGAGGACACAAUGAACCGGUUCUGUGAGGCCGAGUUCUCAGUCAAGACCCGACCCCACUGGUGCUGCAGACAGCAGGGGGAGGUUCGAUUCUCCUGCUUCCAGGAGGAAGCUCCCCGGCCACACUACCACCUCCGGGCCUGCCCCAACCACCAGUCUGGUAUUUCCUCGGGCCCCGAGCUGCCUUUUCCCCCUGGGGUGCCCACAUUGGACAAUGUCAAGAACAUCUGCCACCUGAGACGCUUCCGCUCGGUGCCACGCAAUCUCCCGGCUACCGACCCCAUCCAAAGGCAGCUGCAGGCUCUGACCCGGCUGGAGGGCGAGUUCCAGCGCUGCUGCCGCCAGGGGAACAACCACACCUGUACAUGGAAGGCCUGGGAGGACACCCUUGACCAGUACUGUGACCGGGAGCAUGCCGUCAAGACCCACCACCACCUGUGUUGCCACUACCCGCCUAGCCCUGCUCGCGAUGAGUGCUUUGCCCACCUGGCUCCCUACCCCAACUAUGACCGGGACAUCUUGACCGUCGACAUCAGCCGCGUCACCCCCAACCUCAUGGACCAACUCUGUGGAAACCAAAGGGUUCUCACCAAGCAUAAGCAGAUUCCUGGGCUGAUCCACAACAUGACUGCCCGCUGCUGUGACCUGCCGUUUGCAGAACAGGCCUGCUGUGCAGAGGAUGAGAAAUUAGCCUUCAUCGAUGAUCUGUGUGGUCCCCGACGUAACUUCUGGCGAGACCCUGCCCUCUGCUGUGACCUGAGUCCAGGGGAUGAACAGGCCAACUGCUUCAAUAUCAAUUAUCUGAGGAAUGUGGCUCUCGUGGCUGGAGAUGCUGUGAAGGCCAGGGGCCAGGGGCAGCAGGGCCCAACUGGGGGAACGUAUGUCAGCUCCACCCCAGAGCCCAAGGAAGCAUGAGUCACCCGCAGCCUUGGAGGAUCAGAUGGGGAGAACCCCACCCCACCCCACCCUCCUUGAACACUCAUUACAGUAAACACCUCUCGGAUUUGG